AUGACUCAACAUUCCAUGACGACACCUUCUUGGUUGAACGAAGAUUUUAUAAAAACUGCUAUUCUUGGAGAAGCCCACAGCGACCGAGCCACCCUCAUCAAGUACCACGUUGCUCCGGCCGCAGCGCCAGGGGACAAUUACAUUAGUGAUAUCUACCGGGUUUCAGUAGAGACGCAAGAUGGAAAUCAAUUUUCAUUGAUCGUCAAAUGUUUACCAACAACAGAAUAUAAUUUACAAUUUAUUCGUACCGCACGUUUAUUUGAGAAAGAAAUUAUUUUGUAUGAUUCUGUGCUACCGUUAAUGUGUGAACUGGAAAAAUGCGUUUCAGUUCGUUUUGCACCUAAAUGUUAUUUCAUUCGCUCACAUUCAGUGCUUGUGUUGGAUGACUUAACGCGCCAAGGAUUUAAAAUUGUUGAUCGUCGCGAAGGAUUAAAUUUAAAUCAUUGUAAAGAAGCUAUGAAAUGUUUGGCAUAUUUUCAUGCAUGUUCGACCGCUCUUCCAAAGGAAAUGAUGAUUUCCAACUUCUGUGAUACUGUGUAUAGUGGUGCUGGCCAAGCUCAUGCUCGUAGUUAUGUGACGAACUGUGUAUUGUCAGUAGCCGACAGAGUUGACAAGUGGCCAGGAUACGAAAGAUUUGGUGACAAACUUCGCAACAUUGCGUCUUCGUCAAGUGAUCGAGUUGUUUCCUUAUUCAAUUCAGAAUCUCCAUUUCGGGUUCUUAACCAUGGGGACUUUUGGACAAACAAUAUAAUGUUCCAGCAUUCUUCAGAGGGUGACAUUUCUGACAUUAAAAUGAUUGAUUUUCAAAUGUGUCGAUUCGUGUCGCCAGUUUUCGAUAUUUUGUAUUUUUUGUAUACAAGCCCCCAAGAAGAAAUUCGAUUGAAUCACAGACUCUUGUUGUUGGAUGAGUAUUGUAAAGAGUUUACCAGUGUUGCUCAGCGCUUAAACUUGCCGGUAAGCAUUACAACAGACUUGCUGGAUAAAGCCAUGGUAGAGAAUGAAUUUUAUGGUUUUAUUAAUGCAAUAAUGAUGCUACCAGCAGUGCUUUCUGGUCCUGAAAAAACUCCUGAUCUCGAGAACGUGGCUCAAGGAAAAUCAGAAAUGGAAUGGUUAUCGGGAGAAAGGUUUCGUCAUCAAUUUCAGAAUAUUCUGGAUGAAUUUGAAAGAAAAGGUUGUAUAUAG